GUGUGAACGCACUCUACACUCCAUGGUAUAUAUAUCUUAGCUGCUUUCCUACUCUAAUAAGUCCUCAAUCUUUCGGCGACACAUAUACUCCCCUAUCCUCACACUCUACGAAGCAAAACCGUUGGAUAAUCUGCUAUCAUGUUGCGUACAAGUUGUCGAUUGUCUGUGAACCCUGCAAGGAGGGUAGGAGCGAGUUCUGCUUGUUUAGUUUCUCGCCAGAUCUAUAAUCUGCCUAAACAUACACCAGUCACUGUAACCUGCUGCCGCAGCCUCCAUAGCACACCAAAAUAUUCGUCGGCUUCGGCAGUUCUUAAACCUUCGUCACCAGAGAAUUCCCCUACGAGCGCAGUAUCGAGCCACGACCAUGAUCUUCCUGUUAGCAGAAUUGAUGAACGAAAGGUCAUCGUAGGCUUUCCCUCUGGCGAGUGGUGUCGAUAUCAUCAUAUAUGGCUUCGAGACCAUUGUCGGUGUUCGGAGUGUUUCCAUCCUGUCACCAAACAACGAUUGGUGAAUACGUUUGAUAUUCCUCAUGAUGUGAAGCCCGUAAAAGUGGAAUCCAAAACCGAAGGCCUUGAAGUCACCUGGCCGUCUGCGCAGCCGCAUACAUCCUUGUACCCAUGGUCAUGGCUUCGCUACAACUCAUAUGAUCCUCCCUUGCCGCGGGAACAGGGUACAGAGAAGAUUCUGUGGGGUUCAAAGAUUGCGCAAUCCCCUCCUACAGUGUCGUACUCUGAGGUAAUGGAACAAGAUGACCAGGGUCUAUUCAAAUGGCUAUCAAAUAUCGACAAAUUUGGCUUCAGCUUUGUUUCUGGAGUCCCACCAACGACGGAGGCAACAGAGGCGCUCGUGCGUCGGAUAGGAUUUAUUCGGGAGACGCAGUACGGAAGGUUUUGGGAUUUUACUUCCGACUUAGCCAAGGGCGACACCGCUUAUACCACUCUGGCUCUCGGCGCACAUACUGAUAAUACCUAUUUCACCGAUCCAUGUGGACUGCAGCUCUUCCACCUUCUUUCACAUACUGAGGGUACCGGUGGAUCUACGCUACUCGUCGAUGGUUUCUACGUAGCAUCUCUUCUCAAGGAACUCCACCCAACUGCCUAUGAGAUCCUAUCACGAGUCGGUGUACCGACACACGCAGCAGGCGAACCAGGUUCUCUAUAUACGCCGACUCCUCAGGGCGCAUACCCAGUACUCAGGCAUGCGAAGGGAGAGCUGGCACAGGUGAGAUGGAAUAAUGAUGACCGUAGCGUCAUGAAUGGCCUUGCUCCAUCUGAGUUGGAGGAGUGGUAUGACGCUGUCAGGCUUUGGAAUAAGUUUUUGACUAGCGCAGAUUCGGAGUACUGGGUACAGCUUUCUGCUGGUACAGCAGUUGUUGUGGAUAAUCAUCGUGUCCUCCAUGGUCGGUCUGGCUUCACUGGCAAGCGACGAAUGUGCGGCGCAUAUGUAGGCGUUGAUGAAUAUCGAUCCAAAUUGGCCGUCCUUCAGGAGAAGUUUGCACCUGAUCCGGUCUCGCAGGAGACUGCUUCAUUUGCUACUGUUCAUGGAAGGAGUCUCUGGAAUCCCGCUCUCUGAUCAAUCCCCGCCCGCAUAACGCGUGGUUGGAGAAAAUGCAUUCUAGCUUGAAGGAAUAACUUACUAUCCUCAAGGGACUAUACAUGUACUAUGCGUCUGUAUCUCUCAUCAGCAGCAUUGCCUCUUGGUGAUCAUCAUGCUCGUCUCUACUCAACCAAUUGUAUUUUGUAUUUUGCUUAUC